AUGCCAGGCAAGACCUACAUCGUCGAGCACCUCGACCCCGAGCUGGGCCCCUGGUCGGAACUCGAGUACAUCGCCAUCGCCAAAGAAACCCACGCCGCCGCCGGCACCUUCCUGUUGUCCUCCCUGCCCUCUGGCUUCGUCGCCCCGGACAAGCUGAAGCAGGUCCCGGCCUUCAAGGCCGAGGCCCGGGGUGUCGAGGAGCUUUACGCCCAGGACAAAUCCCGCGUGUGCCUGCUCGACCCCGCCGCCGCCAGCGACCUGAGCCCCGACGACGGUGAAAAAUUUGACGCCUUUCUUUUCGGCGGCAUUCUGGGCGAUGACCCCCCUCGUGACCGCACCUCCGAGUUGAGGAAGAAGGGCUUCGAAGGGAGACGCCUGGGCCCAACUCAGAUGACCACUGACACGGCCGUCCGUGUCACGAGACUCGUCGUCGAGGAGAAGACGCCCUUAGAUAAGAUCCCCUACGUUACCUACCCUGAGCUAAAGUUCAGUGCCUAUGAGAGCGCCGAGAUGCCUUUCAAGUAUGUCACGGACAAGGAUGGUCAGCCAAUCAUGCCUGAGGGUAUGGUUGAACUCAUCAAGAUGGAUGCCGAUAAGGGAAUUGAUGAUGAAUUCUUCUGA